AGAUCAGGAUCGGAGGGAAGUAUUGCGGCACUCCUCGUGAAGUCCUCGCUGCUGUAUGCCGUGCGGCUUCUCGAGCGCCGCAAACUUGGUACUCAAGCACGGGAUUUAGCCGGCACGGUAGUCAGCACGAUGCUCUCCGUCGCCGUCGUGCACCACGUCCUCACUGUCCUCAUCAUCAUCCUCAUACCCACCCUGGUACUCAAGCACGUCAGCCAAGGUAGGCUUGAACAUGCCAUCAAUUUCAUCCAUCAGUGCGUUCGCUCUCAGCUCGUCCGCUUUUUGGACGACUUCGUCCGCUUGCUUCGCCUUUGCUUCACUUUCAAGUAUAUCCUCUUCGUCACUCCAGGUCUAACUGCCAGUGCGCGUGCGGGCAAUGUCACGAGCGUCUUGAUAUUCCUCAUCUGGAUUUUCCUCUUCUGCCUCUUCAUCUGCUCGAUUUUGUCCAUCACGUUCUCCUGACUCCUUGU